AUGAGAGUUUGUCAUUCGAUUUAGCUUCGCGGACUUGGCGGACUCGCGGUGUGAGCAGUGAGCUGCUGGCAGUAGUGUGUACAUACAUAGUAAAUAGUGCAUAUAUAGAAUUUAAAAAGUAAAUAAACAACUAUGGAGGUGCAAACGUCGAGUACGCGUCGAAAAAUUUUGAGUCAUUCGAUCUGCAGUAUUUUGACCGAAUGUGGUUUCGAGUCCUGCGAAAAACUAGCCCUGGAAACUUUGACAGAAAUGUUACAAUCCCUGUUGUGCGAAAUUGGCGAAUCAGCGAGGAAUUAUUGUGAACUAUCCGGCAGAACAGAAAUACUCAUAGCAGAUAUUGUGCUAGCUUUGGUAAACAAUGGAAUCAAGUUGGAUAAUAUUCACUCGUACAGUCUCAGGCCAAACAGAUCAGUAUUACCUUCACUUCAACAACAGACGCAAACAAAACAGCUGAACAUUUUACAAGCAGGAGUAAAGCAGAAUCAUCCCCCUCACAUACCUAACCAUUUACCACAGAUGCCUGAUCCUCAUGCUUACAUUAGGACACCCACACACAAACAACCUGUAACAGAGUACGAGGCCAUAAGAGAAAAAGCUGCACAGCAAAAGAGGGAUAUCGAGAGAGCAUUAACAAGGUUUACCGCCAAAACUGGAAAGACUCAUAGUUUAUUCCUUAAAGAUGACAAUAGCAUGUUUCCAUUAAUUGGAUGCACACCUCAAUUCCCUAACUACCUGUCUGCUCUUUUACCACAAGAUCAAAUUUUCGACUCUGAUAGUGAUUUAGAGGCAAGUCCUGUCAAAAAGAAGAAAGAAAAAGAAACUGAAAAUAAAGAUAAAAAUAAAGAAGGAGCAAACACAAAACAAGAAGAUCCAGAACAAAGUGAAGAAUCAAAUACUCAAGCUGAGGUGAUAGAUAAUCCAUAUUUAAGACCUGGCAAAAUGCCAAAAAACAAAACGCCUUCUACAACAAAAGGAGCUGAUAGUGGUGCGUUAAGCUUUUGAUUCAAGUCUAAAUUAGGCAUUUAUAAAUACAUAUAAGUAAGAGGGAAUCACUGUUGCAACUGAAUAUCAUUAGAUGGAUCAAGGUGUCAGGAAAAUGUACAUAAGAACAGUUUUGUUUUAGCAUGAUUACAAAAAUCAUUGGUAGAUUAAAAAUGCUGAGAAUUGUUUUUUUCAACAAUAUUUCCUCUUAGACAUGUAUAUUUUCUUAUCUUGUAAAUCGAUUUAAAAAAUAUCAAACAUUGUAAAUAUUGUACAGUCUUUUUAUAAAAGGGAAAAUGAGAAAGCAGUAAGAAAAUAAGAUGUUUAAUUUAUUAAAACGCUUUAUUACAUUACAAGUAUCUAUAAUGGGUUAUAAUAUAUGCAAUUUUCUUCAUAAACAAUAAAUAUAAAAUCACGUUUAAAAA